UGUUGGACUAGCAAACUUCAUGGCAUCUCCCAUCAACUUCUUCACUUCUUUCUUGAUGCAAAGGGUUGGCCUUGGCACAAAAGUUCGGAGGAAGGCAAACCCGACGACGAUCAAGUUGGCGGAUGGAAAGAUGCAACAACUUCUCGACCGUUACAUCGAGGUCGUACCGGUGUAUUUCACACCUCAUGCAUGCGAACCGGUGACGUUCGACAUUUUGGACACGGACUUCGAUAUCAUUAUGGGAAUGCGUUGGAUUGCAAGUGCGGAUCACAUGGUCAACUUCCACCAGCGGACUCUUAGCGUUCGCGACGCCUUCGGUGCCGAAGUGACGUGUACUAUUCCUCUUCCGCACCCUUCGAUUCGGUGUCAAGUGGUGACGGCCAAAUCAUUCCGGGUGACUUGCGCUUUCGAGCAGCCCAAGGAAAUCGGCCUAUGUUUCCUACGGACCGUCGCGGUAGCCGACUCUUCACCCACGGACUUGUCUUCGGACCCCCGAGUGGUGCGGUUGCUGGACGAGUCCGCGGACAUCUUCGAGUCACCUACCGGUGUGGUGACGGAUCGGCCGAUCUCUCACAAGAUCAUUCUUGAGGCUUGCGUCGUGCCGCCAAAAGGUUGCAUCUAUCGGAUGAGCGAGGAGAAGCUUGAGGUUUUCCGUGCACAACUCGACGAUUUGUUGGCCAAGGGCUGGAUCCGCCCUAGUAGCUCCCCAUAUGGCCCAGUUCUCUUCGUCCGGAAGAAGAACAAGGAUCUACGACUGUGUAUCGACUACCGCAAGCUCAACGCACAAACCGUCAAGAAUGCGGGGCCUCUUCCUCGCAUCGACGAUCUUCUUGAGAAGAAAGUGCUCAUCGUGCAUUCCAUUGACGAUGCACACAAGAAGGAGCUCCUCGCCUUCGUCCACGCGCUCAAGCGGUGGCGACACUUCCUCCUUGGUCGAAGCCAAUUCCAAUGGGUAACGGACAACAAUCCAUUGGUCUUCUACAAGACCCAAGACACCGUCAACAGCACCAUCGCUCGAUGGAUGGCUUUCAUCGACCAGUUCGACUUCUUUCCCGAUCACAUUCCCGGGAAGUCAAACCGUUUUGCGGAUGCUCUUUCACGGCGUCCGGAUCAUUGUACCGCGGUCUACUCAACCUUCGAGAUCGACGACGACCUGCGGAACAACUUCAUCCACGGCUACCAAGCCGACCCCGAGUUUCGCGACAAGCACGCAAAUUGCUCCUCUCCUAAUCCGGCGCCUUCUCACUACCGGAUCCAAGAGGGGUACUUGCUUGUCCAUACACGGGGGAAGAACCUUCUUUGCGUACCGAGUGAUCCUCACUUGCGUACACGGCUUUUUGGCGAGUUCCACGAUGCCCCCGCCACUGGACACUUUGGAUUCAAUCGCACGAUUGGCCGACUUCGCGAGCGAUUUUGGUGGCCCGGCCUUCUCGGCGGCAUCACACGUUUUUGCGAGUUAUGCGAGGUUUCCCGACGCUGCAAAUCCCGCAACCACCGUUCGUACGGCGAGUUACGACCAUUACCGGUCCCUUUGAGGCGAAGGGAAGCAAUUGCCAUGGACAUUACCGGCCCGUUCCCCAAGCACAAGACCAGCGUGGAUGGGAUUCUCACGGUGGUCGACCGACUCACCAAGUUCGCUAUGUUUUUGCCUUGCCGCUAUCAUGCCAAAGCACCAGAGUUGGCCGAGGUUCUUUAUGCGGGUUGGAUUCGAACCAAGGAUUACCCUAAGGAAAUCGUCUGCGACCGCGACACUCGGUUCAUGUCCAAUUUUUGGUUGGCUCUCAUCAAGCGAUGGGGCUCAUCUCUCAAGCCCAGUUCAGCUCGCCACCCCCAGACCGAUGGCCAAAUGGAGAGGGCGCACCAGACCACACAAGUUCUCCUUCGCACUCUCAUCCGUCCUGACCAGAAGGAUUGGGUUGAGCGGCUGCCGGAUGUCGAGUUGGCCUACAACUCCUCCAUCCACCCGGCUAUCGGGAUGUCGCCCUUCGAGUUCGAGCACGGCUCGCCGGUCACUUCGCCGUUGGAUACCAUCACUCCAUGAACGGCCGAGAGCGACGACCAUCUUCUUUUCUUGCGUCGGAUGCAAGAGCUACUUGUCAAGGCACGCGACCAGAUGGCCAAGACG